UUUCUAAAAUAUGAAAGUUGAAAUGUUGGAUAUCAAAUUAGUGAGUUGAACCAAGAGGGGAGAUUUAUAUGACUCAAUAUCUUAACCAGUAAAAUGACAAGUGGUAACAGAUACUGUGACCCAUGCAAUCAGAGAAGUUCUAUAAAACUUGCACGUGUCUGGUGUACAGAGUGUCAAGAAGCAUUGUGUAAAGAAUGUGAAGCAUAUCAUCAAACAUUCAAAGUUAGCAGAGAUCACAGGCUAAUUCCAGUAGUAGAAAAUGAUCAAAAUCCUACUUCAUUAUUUAAAAUCAAAGCCUUUUGUGAGCGUCAUGCUCUUAAAAGAAACGAAUUCUAUUGUACUUUACAUGAAGAGCCUAUGUGUGCAAUAUGUGUUGCAAAUGAACAUAAGAAUUGCGAUGCAAUUAUUACAAUUGAAAAGGCUGCAGAAAAUGCUAAGUUUUCACCAGCGCUUGCCGACCUUGAGGACAGAAUGUAUUAUGUGGUUAACUUAUUGCAAAAAUUAAAGCAAGACCGCGUCCUCAACAUACAAGUUUUGGACAAACAGAAAACCCACAUGCUCCUUGAAAUUAAACGAUUUCGAGAGAAUAUUACUAGACAUCUUGAUAUGUUGGAAAAAGAACUUAAUACAGAUGUUACAGAAAUGCAUCAAAAACAUGUCGAAGACCUUCAGUUGCAAGCGCAAGAGCUAGAUAAUCGUAUGCAUACUAUAAAAGAAUAUCAGCAAUCUUCUAAAAAGAUUAAAAGCCAAGCCACAAAUGUCCACCUGCUUCUUGCUAUACGAGAGCUUGAAAACCUUCAGUUAUCACAAGAAGAGUAUCUGGAAACGAUCAGUGACAGACUAAGUCGUGUUGACAUCAAUCUAGAGUUUAACCAGAAUGCUGUUGAAAUUCCAACUCUUGCAAAACCGUUGGGUUUUAUACAAACGAAGAUUUCUCCGUGUUAUGUUUUUACAACGACGGAAAGAGUUAAACACGCUCCUCUAUAUGUUAAAGGGAUACUACACGAAACACGAACCGAGAUAAAACAUGAUUUUAUUGUACCACGUUCAGAUAGGAAUGCUGCGAUUACUGGUGGAGUCUUUCUUUCUGAUGGAAGAAUCGUUCUCGCUGACAACAACAAUAAGCGUUUACUUAUUUACAAUGAAAAUGGAACAGUCUUCGUAGAGGUGAAACUUAAUGGUAAACCAUGGGACGUCACAGAAGUCGGUUUGAAUAAAGCAGCGCUUACAUUACCCAGUGACAGAAUGGUACAAUUCUUCGACAUAAAGACCAUGCGUGUGACACAAGAAACAAAUGUGAAAGGUCGCAUUUAUGGUUUAUCGAGCUAUGGAGGCAGAACGGUCGUAGUAUGUAGAGGGUCUGGUAUGCUCAUCUUAGACGAGGAGGGUCAAGUUGAUACUGCGUUACCGAUUGAUGUGACCUUUGUUGAGUACGUCUGUGUUGGACCAGGGAGAAUUUAUUACACUGACUGGUACCGAAAAUCCGUGCACUGCAUUGGCAUGACUGGUGAGGAGAUAUUCAGGCUGAAGUAUAACAAAAUGAAGUAUCCUUUGGGCAUAACCCUAAACAGAGAUGGAACGGUCUUCGUCGUUGGACGGGAUUCACACAAUGUUUUACACGUGUCAGCAGACGGUCACCAGAGGGAAGUUAUUUUGGGAAAACAACAUGAUCUCACUUAUCCUCGAGUGAUAUCAUCUCAUCAUGGUAGCCGUAGAAUGUUCGUUACUUACAGUAACAAACAUGUUGUUGUAUUCACAUUGACAUAG